AUGGCAGGGCCGUUGUCUAAAGCUGGUCAUAGUGUUCGCGACCAGGUUCCCAACUGUGGCAUUAGGCAGUUUGGUCGCUUUCGUGGCUCGGUGAUGAACACUGACCAACCUGGUGUCAGCUCAGUGCGGAACUCCCCUUCAAGUCUCUCCUGGCCUCAGCCUCAGCCGUCCUUUCGUCCUCUUCCUUGCGGUGAAGAAUGUCCUCCACCAUUUGGUAGAAGCAUUACGUGCCCAGUUGAAAGGCAGAGAUUAGCAGCUGGUGUCUCGUCUUCCUUGGACGGUAGAUCGACCGGUCCGCAAAGCAGGUUCUGGACGUCUUUCGGAAUUUAUAGGUUACCUAUAGGUGACAUGGAUGACAAUUUGGUUGUCAUGGACAAGAAAACUAUUCUUCUUAUUAUUAUUAUUCUUAUUCUUAUUAUUAUUACUAUUAUUUACACUAUUGUCUAG